AUGUCCUUGAUUGCAUUUCUUGAGGUAUUGAAUCGUCUCACCUUUGCUUCUACACUUUCCCAUUUGCGACGUUUAAACUCACCUAUUGGAAGAGAUGGUAAACUAGCAAAGCCCAGGCAGUUGCACAACACUUUGUGGGGAAUGGUUUGUCCUGCUGAAACUCCAGAGGGUCAUGCUGUGGGGCUUGUGAAGAAUCUUGCUCUGAUGGCCUAUAUUUCUGUGGGGUCUCAGCCAUCCCCAAUUCUGGAAUUUUUAGAAGAAUGGAGUAUGGAAAACCUGGAAGAAAUCUCCCCAGCAGCAAUUGCGGAUGCCACAAAAAUAUUUGUGAAUGGUUGCUGGGUUGGAAUUCACAAAGAUCCAGAGCAGCUUAUGAAUACGCUGAGAAAACUGCGGCGGCAAAUGGACAUCAUAGUGUCAGAGGUGUCCAUGAUCAGAGAUAUCAGGGAACGAGAAAUUCGCAUUUAUACUGAUGCUGGUAGGAUCUGCCGCCCACUUCUAAUUGUGGAAAAACAAAAAUUGCUACUGAAGAAGAGGCAUAUUGACCAAUUGAAAGAACGUGAAUAUAACAACUACAGCUGGCAGGAUUUGGUGGCCAGUGGUGUAGUAGAAUACAUUGACACUCUAGAAGAGGAGACUGUUAUGCUGGCUAUGACUCCAGAUGACUUGCAGGAGAAAGGUGUGGCAUAUUGUUCCACAUAUACACACUGUGAGAUUCACCCUUCCAUGAUUCUAGGAGUUUGUGCAUCUAUUAUUCCAUUUCCAGAUCACAAUCAGUCUCCUAGGAAUACAUACCAAUCUGCUAUGGGCAAACAAGCCAUGGGAGUUUAUAUCACUAAUUUCCAUGUCCGUAUGGAUACACUGGCCCAUGUUUUAUAUUAUCCUCAGAAGCCCCUUGUGACCACACGUUCUAUGGAAUAUUUAAGGUUCAGAGAGUUGCCAGCAGGCAUCAACUCUAUAGUCGCCAUAGCUUCAUAUACAGGAUAUAAUCAAGAAGACUCUGUUAUCAUGAACCGCUCUGCUGUUGACAGAGGUUUUUUCAGAUCUGUGUUCUAUCGCUCUUAUAAAGAACAGGAGUCCAAAAAGGGAUAUGACCAAGAAGAAGUGUUUGAGAAACCUAGUCGUGAAACAUGCCAGGGGAUGAGGCAUGCCAUCUAUGACAAGCUGGACGAUGAUGGCUUGAUUGCACCUGGCGUACGCGUCUCAGGAGAUGAUGUCAUCAUUGGCAAGACAGUAACUUUGCCGGAGAACGAAGACGAACUGGAAAGCACCAAUCGUCGCUACACCAAAAGGGAUUGCAGCACUUUUCUACGGACCAGUGAAACUGGUAUAGUUGACCAGGUCAUGAUUACCUUGAACCAGGAAGGAUACAAGUUUUGUAAAAUAAGAGUACGGUCGGUUCGAAUACCACAGAUUGGAGACAAAUUUGCUAGUAGACAUGGUCAGAAAGGUACCUGUGGUAUCCAAUACAGGCAAGAGGAUAUGCCAUUUACCUGUGAAGGUAUCACUCCUGAUAUAAUUAUCAAUCCCCACGCUAUCCCUUCGCGAAUGACCAUUGGCCAUUUGAUUGAAUGUCUUCAAGGAAAGGUAUCAGCAAAUAAAGGGGAGAUAGGUGAUGCUACACCUUUUAAUGAUGCAGUCAACGUGCAGAAGAUUUCAAACUUGCUCUCUGAUUAUGGAUAUCAUCUGAGAGGAAAUGAGGUUCUGUACAAUGGCUUUACCGGCCGCAAAAUCACAUCACAGAUCUUUAUUGGCCCGACCUACUAUCAGCGACUAAAACACAUGGUAGAUGAUAAAAUUCAUUCCAGGGCAAGAGGACCUAUUCAGAUCCUUAACAGGCAACCUAUGGAGGGUCGAUCUCGCGAUGGAGGUCUUCGUUUUGGAGAGAUGGAGCGAGACUGUCAGAUUGCUCAUGGAGCAGCGCAGUUCCUAAGGGAAAGAUUGUUUGAAGCCUCAGAUCCAUAUCAGGUUCAUGUAUGCAACUUGUGUGGGCUGAUGGCAAUAGCAAACACCCGGACCCACACCUACGAAUGCAGGGGUUGUCGUAAUAAGACACAGAUUUCUCUGGUGAGAAUGCCAUAUGCCUGCAAACUACUUUUCCAAGAAUUGAUGUCGAUGAGUAUUGCACCUCGAAUGCUGAGUGUGUAGUCUUCAAACAAUUCGCCUGGCUCUUUUCCUGAAAUUCAUAUUAAACU